AUGGCUUGUGUAAAAACUCCCAUGUUCUCCUUGCUCCUCAAUGGUUCGUUACAUGGUUUCUUUGCAUCAAAAAGAGGUCUUAGACAAGGGGAUCCCAUUUCCCCAUUGUUGUUUGUCCUUGGAAUGGAAUAUCUGUCCCGAAUUAUGAGUAAGGUGGGAUCUUUACCUGGUUUCAAGUACCACGAUAAAUGCUCAAAUUUGAAGUUGAAUCACUUAUGCUUUGCGGACGAUCUUCUUCUUUUCUAUAAUGGAGACUAUGUUUCAAUUCUUAUUAUGCUGAGAGGCUUGAAACUUUUCUCCUCUUCUUUGGGUCUGCUCCCCAAUUCUGAGAAAUCUGCAGUAUACUGUCACGUAAUGUCUGAAUCAGUAGUAGAUCGGGUACUGGAGGUCUCUGGAUAUACUCGCAGCCACCUCCCAUUCAGGUAUCUUGGUAUCCCUAUUUGCUCAAAAAAAAUCUCUUCUGCAGAAUGUAAAUGUAUUUUGGAAAAGAUGACUAGCAGGAUUCGAAUUUGGAGUACACAGAAUCUCUCUUAUAUGGGGAGAGUCACACUGAUCAAUUCGGUCCUAAUUUUGAUUCAUUCAUAUUGGGCUCAGAUCAUGAUUCUACCUAAAAAAUUGCUCAAAGAUGUUGAAGCGAUAUGUAGGGCCUUUCUUUGGAAAGGUACCUCGGUUUCUCAUAUUCCAGGUUUAAUUGCUUGGGAGAAUAUUUGUUUAUCGAAGGCUGCAGGUGGCUUGGGUUUUCGGAGGAUACAUGACUGGAAUAUGGCUGUACGCCCUGGUUUUCCCACGGGCUGA